GAUAAUUAUUAGAACGGCCCAAUAAUGGAGAGAGAGAGAGGGAACUGAUACAUUAGUGUGUGUGUUUUCGGCUCGUUCGAGAGUGGGAGAGAAUGAGGAAAGCUCCUUCUCUUGCGCUUCUCUGCAUCCAAGCCCUCAAGCUCGAGCUCCUUCAAGGCGGCAACCCAGUUCCGGAUGUAUACGAGCUUCCAUCGGAGUUGCUUGAUGCCGUCGUCGCACGCUUGCCCGCACUGGCUUUGCAUAAUUUCCAGACGCACAUGCCGUUCAAGCGAUGUGAUGAUUAUGAAUCUGGUGGUGAUGACUGCUUGAUUAGUGGGAGAAAACGCGCAAGAAACGAUGUACUCGCUAGUUCUUGGAAGGGCUUGUUCAAGCUGCGGUGGCCUGAGCAUACUAACCUCGUGGAGCCACCACCAGCUGAAUGGCGACAGCUUUACUGGGAAAAGCAUCUUCAAGAUUGUGUUGAUGAAGCAGCUGAGGCGGCUAUGCGUCCCACGUUUUGUGGUCGGAUAGGUUCCAUUAGUGUAUCAGGCAAGUACAAGAUACUGAGAUACAUUUGCCAUGAAGAGCACACCAGUUGUCGUCAACAAUGUGUCUGCACGGAACUCUCUUUUCAUCUCCAGACAUUUGGACCGUAUCUUAGGUGCCUGAGGCUUCUGAAUGCGCUCUGCGUUACUGAAACUUGUGAGUUACUGAGGACAAGUAGAUUGCAAACUCUGGUUCUACGUUGGAUCAGAUCUGAGAAACAUGUUGAGCCCUUGUGCAAGCUCUUGAUCCAGAGCCGAGAAACAUUAGCUUCGCUUGAAUUUAUUCACUGUAAGCUUUCUUCGAGUUUCAUCAGUGCAAUCUGCGCUUCUCUUCAUGGAAAAGACAUUCACACAAGUGGGAUUCAGCGUUUCUGUAUAAAGACAUCUAGCAUUGACAUGGAUCCACUUGCUGCGCCUUCUGCUUUCAUUUCGUUCUUGAGUUCGGUGAGGUCCUUACGUUCUUUACAUAUCUGCGAUAGCCACCUCGACAGGCAUAUCGCGAGGAUAGUUUUCUCUACACUUCUUGAUUCGUCCUCAGAUCUUUCGUACCUUGACCUCUCUGAGAACAACGUUUCAGGAUGGCUUUCCACUUUCAGUUGGAGAUCUGUUAAUGGUUCUCUGUCGUCUGGGAAGUCAUUAGAGUCGCUGUGCAAGCUCAACUUAAGGGGGAAUGAGCUCGACAAAUACGAUGCCGAGAAUCUUGCACAUGCGCUUCUUCAUAUGCCCGUGUUGGAAUCUCUUGACCUGAGCGGGAACCCCAUUGAAGACGGUGGGAUCAGGUGUGUCCUAAAAGUUCCUGCAUUUGUAGUGUUAAAGAGUACAUCAGCGGAGUUACAUUUCUCUUACAUGCUUGUCGUGAGGUGCAGAAGCUUAAUAUCUUACUUCACAAAGAAUCCGAAUUCUCUUCUAGCCGAUUUGAACUUGGAGAACUGCGAGCUAUCAUGUUGUGGAGUUAUCGAGUUUCUUGAUACCCUCUCAACGCUGGAGAAAACUCUAAAGUUCCUGUCUGUUGCAGAUAACGCUCUCGGAAGCGAGGUUGCGGAGGCCAUAAUAAGCUCAUUGACAGUCUCCAUCGAGUCUCUCAACAUCUCGGGUAUAGGACUUGGUCCUGUUGGGUUUGUUGAGCUAGGCGAAAAACUUGUUAAAGGGGUGAAGAAGCUGCUGAGUAUCAAUAUAAGCAAAAACCGUGGAGGAGUAGAGACCGGUAGGUUUCUGUCGAAGCUCAUACCCAUGGCACCGAAGCUCGUCUCAGUCGACGCAUCCUACAACCUUAUGCCACCCGAAUCCUUGCUCAUGCUAUGCGAUGCCUUGAGAAGCGCGAAAGGUGAUCUCAAACGUCUUGACAUGACCGGGAAUAGCUGCAUCAGCCUCGAAGCUGGCCAUUCUUCAUCUCUCCUUGGUGAAUUUCAACACAGCGGAGAGCCCAUCUUCCUUCUACCUUCAUCCUCGGCUUCGCACGUCCCUUACGAUGACGAGCCGUAGAUCAAUUCCUCCAUCUCUGGUCUGGUGAAUCCGUUGGUUUGGUUCCAUCUUGUUGUCUGCUUUUAGUUCCAACUCCAACAAUUGUAAAACAUAUUUGUGUUUAUGAAAGCAUUUUGGAUCAACCCACGAUUUGACAUUUUUCAACUUUGAUAUUCAGAAAUUUUUUCAAAUUUAUUUAUCUAUUUUGACCAUAAGUUUUUAGUUUAUUGCCUGUUAGGUUUUCUAUUAAUAUGUAAUUUUAUUGAUUUGUUUACUUUGUUAUUAU